AUGGGGAUUAUUUCUAGGAGGGAUGAAAUGCAGCAAAACCCCAUCCUUGAGCUUGAAGUUUUUGAUGUGUGGGCUAUAUAUUUCAUGGGCCCUUUUGUUUCUUCACAUGGGAACAAGUAUAUUUUGGUUUCUGUUGACUAUGUCUCAAAGUGGGCGGAGGCCGUGGCUUCCCCUACGAAUGAUUCUAAGGUAGUGGUUAAUCUUUUCAAGAAAGUGAUUUUCCCAAGAUUAGGUGUUCUAAGAGCCAUAAUUAGUGAUGGGGGGUCAUAUUUCAAGCACCACACCUUCGUUCGACUUCUUGAUAAAUAUGGAGUGUCUCAUAAGUGGGGGCUUGCUUACCACCCUCAAACGAGUAGUCAAGCGAAGAUCACCAAUAGAGAGAUCAAGGUGAUCUUGGAGAAGACGGUUGCUAGAACAAGAAAGGAUUGGUCCUCUAAACUCAUCGACUCUCUAUGGGCGUAUAGGACCGCCUUCAAAACUUUAAUAGGGCCUACUCCCUAUAAGCUUGUCUAUGGGAAAAAUUGUCACUUGCCCGUAGAGAUGGAGCAUCGAACGCACUGGGCAAUCAAGCAAAUCAACUUUGAUCUCCAUAGUGCGGGUGAGCAAAGGCUUCUAGAGCUACAUGAGUUAGAGGAGUUGAGGAUGAAUGCCUACAAUAGUGCAAGCAUGUAUAAGGUGCGGACUAAGGCUUGGCACGACGCUCAAAUUGUCAAGAAGGAAUUUAUCAAAGGCCAAAAAGUCCUCCUAUUCAACUCCCGCUUGAAGCUUUUCCCGGGCAAGCUUAGGUCAAGGUGGAGUGAGCCGUACAUUAUCACGGAGGUGUUUCCAUAUGGCGUUUAUGAGAUUUCCCAAGAUGGGCAUACUCCAUUUAAAGUGAACCGUCACCGGCUCAAGCCCUACUACGAAGGAUUCUCAAGUGAUGAACCAAUUUCUGUGACUCUUCUUGAUAUGCAUCAUCAAUUUGACCCUCCUUGA